CCCUGUUUUUGUUUUGCGCAAGAUUAUGAAGUCGCCGAUGUUCAAUGCACAUUUUCUACGACCGGGUCAGAGGCCGAAGAUCUUAUCACUGCAACACUCAAAAGACCAGUUGGUUUUAAGGGCGUGCCCAUGUUUGCAGAUGAUCGAAGUGGACUCAAGGAUCUAAAUCCACAUUGCUUAAUCUCGAAGGACAUCAGCGACAUGGAUGAACGGACAUAUAAUCUGAGAAUAAACGAUUUCACGCGCUGUGGCGUACUUAAGAGAAAUGGAUUUGUUCAUGUGCGCAUUUGGUUCCCACAAUUCCCCGGCGUGGUAAUGCAGUCGGAUCAGGAGUUAAUCAUCAUGUGCAAGCCCCCGGAGCCAACAGUUAUAGAAAAUAAGGCUGCGGGAUUCGCUGGUUCAUUUCCUCAUGGUGCUCGUGUCUCGGGCAUAGUUGAGGAGAUGCCGAACAGAUUGGAAUACGAGGUGGCACUUUACAAGGAGGCGCCACCCAUAGCACGUGUCAGCGGCACCAAUAAUCCAGUUAGCUCAUCGAAUGAUCCAUCUCCACUUCUGGCCGACAAUGAUCAGACAGUGGACCAGGCGGUUCCUCUGGGCACCAAGCUGCAAUUGCGCGCACGCAUCAGCCAGUCCGUUUGGAAGUAUGUCAAGUUGAUGGAGGUAACUGUCUCGCCAGAUCCAGAAAAUCCACUGGCAACUGGCGCUGUGUCUUUGGUACACAAUGGCUGUCGUAAUCGGGAAUUGGCUACCAUAAUACCACAUCAGCCGGCCAAGUAUCGGGACAGGCCCAAUGAGGUUUUCCUCGACUUCGAGGCAUUUCUGCUCAGCUCAAUGAAGGAGAAGGCCACACUGUGGAUACACUCCCAGAUCAAGGCCUGCAUAGACAUGUCUGAUUGUACACCUGACUUCUGUGUGGAUUUGUAUGAGCCCUCGGGCCAUGGUCGGAGGAGGCGACAAAUAGAAUCUACAAGCACAACUCCAAUGAUGCAACGACCUGCAGCCAGUGGGAAUAACACUUCUUCUGUCUCGGAGUUCAAGCGAUUUAAAGAGAACAUCGAGUACACCGUUAUAAUGCCGGGCCAGGUUGAUAAAAAGGUGGGCUUCCUAAUCGAUCUGACGCAACAGUGCCGUGGCGCCCUGCUCAUUAGCUCGUUUUUUGUAUUCAUGAUUACGUUCUGCUGCUCGAUUAGCUGUAUGAUAGCAUUACGCGUGCAAACCGACAAAAAACAAAGAACACAUCAGUUCACCUCCGGGUUCAACACAGGUUAUUCUGGCCGAGCGAUGGUUCAAUAAACGUCACGAGCUCCAAAUUACAAAAUAGUUUUGCAUUUAGAAUUAGUCAUAGAGAUAUUUAUAUCAUAUGCAUUUAUCAUGUACCUUACAUUUAUUUAGCAUUAUGUUUUUAUACUCAAUGCAAAAGUAAUUUAAUAAAUAUUAGAUUUAUUCUA